GAUAAUAUGAACUAUUCCAAAAAUUAUUUUCCUCCUUUCAAAGUCAAGAUGGAUCCAUGAAGAUUCUCCGGCCAGUACGGGGAUGACCUGGGAUUUUUUAACAAAUAAUAGGAUAAGGGUAUACAAUUUGUUCUUGAGUCAGAGGAUUUCCUUCUACUUAACCCAUUAAUAUUUUUCUCUUCAAGGAAAAACAGGUGAUUGGCUAUCAUUAAACCAUAGACUGGUUUUUUUUCUUGGAAGUCAGCACACAAUUUAACGACCAAUCCUCUUAUGUUCCUUCCCUUUUCUCAUUAAUUUGAGUGCACAGGGAAGAAAUCCUCUCUAUAUAUAAGCAACUUGUGCUAGAAGCCUAGCACAUACCUUGUAUGGAAAAUGGGUCCUAAUAAAUUUACUUGGAAAAUUUUAUCUCUUGCAUGUUUCAAGACUCAGCACUCACUUCCAGAGCCAAAGAUUCAAGUUUCCAAUCUAAUUACUUUCCAGAGAUUAUCCCUGUCAGACUUGAGCAACCCUGGUUCACCAUUAUCUGUCAGUGAUUUUUCAAAUCCAUUCUUUAAUCUCCAUGUUUUCACACUCAAGGAGCUAGAAAUGGUAACCCAUCACUUCUCCAAGAGUAACUAUCUCGGUGAAGGUGGAUUUGGAACUGUUUACAAGGGGUUCAUGACUGAAAAGCUUAGGCCUGGCUUGAAGGCUCAGCCUGUGGCUGUCAAGGUUCUGGAUUUGAAUGGCUCUCAGGGACAUAGAGAGUGGCUGGCCGAAGUAAUCUUUCUUGGGCAAUUAAAGAAUCCCCAUCUUGUGAACUUGAUUGGUUACUGCUGCGAGGAUGAGCACAGGCUGCUUGUCUAUGAAUAUAUGGAGCGAGGCAACUUGGAGACCCUGCUAUUUAAAAGGUAUUCAGCAGCCUUGCCCUGGUUAACAAGACUCAAAAUUGCAGCUGGAGCAGCAAAAGGCCUUGCCUUCCUCCAUGGAGAAGAAAAACCAGUCAUAUAUAGAGAUUUUAAGGCUUCAAAUGUCCUAUUAGACUCGGACUAUAAUGCAAAGCUUUCAGAUUUUGGGCUAGCAACAGAUGGUCCACAAGGAGAUGACACACACAUUACGACUCGUGUUAUGGGCACUGAAGGCUAUGCAGCUCCUGAAUACAUAAUGACUGGUCAUUUGACGACUAUGAGUGAUGUAUUUAGUUUUGGAGUGGUGCUUUUAGAGCUGUUAACGGGCAGGCGAUCUGUGGACAAGAACCGUCCAUCUAGAGAGAAGAACCUAGUAAAAUGGGCAAGACCCUUAUUGAAGGAUCACAAUAAGCUUGACCAGAUAAUGGACCCAAGGCUUGAAGGGCAGUAUUCAACGGAGGGUGCUAGGAAGGCAGCAGCAUUGACUUACCAAUGCUUGAGCCACCACUGCAAGUCUAGACCCACAAUGAGCACUGUGGUCAAGACCUUGGAUUCUCUGCUGGAGCUAAAUGACAUGCCAAUUGGACCUUUUGUGUUUGCUGUUCCAACUGAAGGCAAGAAUAAGGAAUGCAGUGAACAAGAGAAGGAAAAAGAAAGUGAAAAUGAAUGCCUUGAGCUAAAAGAUGAGAACAAAUGUGAAGAAAAUGAGGCAGAAUUGAAAGAUAAGAGUCGCAACCGGCAUAAAAAAGGUCACAGGCACAGACGGCGAAUUAAGUCACUGAGGUCUAGAGCUGUCUAUUCUGAUACUGCUCUGUAUAAAACUUUAGGCACUGGCUUGUAUUCUCCUAGGCAGUAAUGCAAAUUUGCAGAAGUGGAGAUUGAUUAGCAUUUGCUUAUAGAGCAUAAUGUACAUUAAGUAGCUUUUUUUCUUGUGAAAAUUUGCCACAGUUUGCAAUUGAUCUGCAGAUGGUGUUGUAAUUGUUAUGUGUGAUUAAAGUUAUUAUAAUAAAUCAUUUUCCACUUUUUUCAAAA